AUGGCUAGUGUUAGCUACUACUCUGCUUCUAAAUUGGAACCAAAUAUUGAAGAAUUCAACUCAGAAGAAAUGAUGACUCUUCUUUUUGAUUUCAACUAUGAUGUUGAACACACCUUUUCCGAUGAAAAUCAAGAUCAAGAUUGUUAUUUCGAUCCAGACGAGUUUAUUUUACCUGUUGAAAAUUCUUGUUUCAUGUCAGAAUACUCUGUUUUUGAGAAACAACAAGAGGUCUUUCAAGAUAACUUAAUAACCCCGUCCACUCAUAAUUCUUGUUUCAUGCCAGAGUACUCUGUUUUUGAGAGCACCCCAAAACGUCAAAAGGUUUUUCAAGAUGACUUCCUUCCAAAUAGUACUCACAAUUCAUCAUUCAUGCCAGAGUACUCUGUUUAUGAGAAACAACAAAAGGUCUUUCAAGACAACUGUCAAGGUUUGUUCAAUGAGGGGUUUGUGCCAAAUCCUCCAAUGUUUGAGGAUUUUGCUUCGUAUUUGCUUCCAGAAAUUCCUAUGCCUGUUUUUAGCAGCAAUGAUGCUGGAGUUGUCACGAAGAAAGGUGGUAGUAAUAAUAAUAAUGAGAAGAAGAUGUCAGCACAGAGUAUGGCGGCGAGGCAGAGGAGGAAGAAGAUUAGUGAUAAGACACAAGAAUUGGGUAAAUUGAUACCUGGUGGACACAGGAUGAAUACUGCUGAAAUGCUUCAAGCUACUUUCAAGUAUAUUAAGUUGUUGCAAGCACAAGCUGGACUUCUUGCAUUCAUGGGAUCAUAUCAGGAGAAUGAGAAAUCAUUUGAAACAUCAUACUUGCACAAGCUUGUUGGAUCUUCAUUGGUUCAAGAAAAGUUGUAUUCAACUGAAAAUUGCUUAGUUCCAAAAGUGUUCCUUGAAGCACUAGAGAAUAAUCAAGAAUUCCAAAAUUCACAAGUCCUUGAGGAAGUCAAAACUUUGAUUAAAUGA